AUGAUUAGAAGACGUUCAUAUGAACGUGAUAAUGAAGUGGCUUUUAUUAAUAAUACUCGUACAAAUUCAGUUCCAAUGAUCAUAAUUAAAAAUAAUAUAUCGGAUGUAGAACAACCGAAAAAGAAAAAUAGUGUCGGACUUAUUAAUGUUACAACAAUAAAUAAAUCAAAUCAAAUACAAACAGAAGUUCGUGAACAAUGGAGUGAAAAACUUGAUUUUCUUUUAUCAAUUAUUGGUUUUGCUGUUGAUCUUGCUAAUAUAUGGCGUUUUCCAUAUUUAUGCUAUAAAAAUGGUGGAGGUGCAUUUCUCAUUCCAUAUAUUCUUUCAGUUAUACUCGGUGGUUUACCUUUAUUUUAUUUGGAACUUUUACUUGGUCAAUAUUAUCGACAAGGUUCAAUAACAUGUUGGAAAAAAAUUUGUCCAUUAUUAGCUGGAAUAGGAUGGGCUGUAACUAUAAUUGCAUUCUAUACGGAUUUUUAUUAUAAUGUUGUUAUAUCAUGGGGUUUAUAUUAUUUAUUUGCUUCAUUGAGACGAAUUUUACCAUGGAGUGCAUGCAGUCAUGCAUGGAAUACAAAAGAUUGUUCUACUGUUAAUAUACGUCGUAGUUUUUUAGAGAAUUGUAUGAAUCAAUCAAAUAAUACAAUAAGUUCAUCUGAAAAAUUAUUAGAAAAAAAAUUUUUAUAUGAAAAUUGUUCCGAAGAAUUAACACGUUUAAGAAUUGUAUCACCAGCACAAGAAUAUUUCCAUUUACAAGUCUAUCGACUUAAGCCAGAAUCAAAUUUUAGUUUAGGUAAUUUAGGACAUAUCAAUUGGGAAAAUCUAGCUUGUCUGGCUAUUAUUUAUCUUAUUUGUUAUUUUUCAAUGUGGAAAGGUAUUAAAACAUCGGGCAAAGUUGUUUGGUUUACUGCAUUAUUUCCUUAUGUUGUAUUAGCAAUAUUAAUGGUUCGUGGAUUGUUUUUAAAUGGUUCAAUGAAAGGCAUUGAAUACUAUAUUCGACCAGAUUUAAGUAAAUUAACUGAUGCAUCUGUAUGGGUUGAUGCUGCUUCACAAACAUUUUUUUCAUUGGGACCUGGUUUUGGUGUAUUAAUGGCUUUUGCAAGUUAUAAUGAUUUUCAUCAUAAUGUUUAUCGAGAUGCAAUGAUUACAGUAGCAGUCAAUAGUUUAACAAGUUUUGCUAGUGGAUUUGUGAUUUUUAUGUUUUUGGGUUAUAUGAGUGAAAUAUCAGGUCGAGAUAUAAAAGAUGUUGCUGAACAAGGUUCAACACUUGUUUUUAUUGUGUAUCCAGAAGCAAUAGCAACAAUGCCAUGGGCACCUGUUUGGGCUGUAUUCUUCUUUUUAAUGUUAUUAACACUUGGUUUAGAUUCAUCAUUUGGUGGAAGUGAAGCAAUAAUAACAGCUUUAAGUGAUGUAUUUCCAGUUCUUCGUCAACAUCGAGAAUGGUUUGUUGGAAUUUUAUUUUCAUUUUACUUUAUUAUUGGAAUACCAAGUUGUACUGAUGCAGGUGUUUAUUUUGUUGAAUUAUUACAAAAUUACGCUGCUUUCUAUUCAAUAAUUAUUGCUGUGCUUUUUGAAGCAAUAGCUGUAUCUUGGCUUUAUGGUAUAACACGAAUUAGUGAAGAUAUUAAAGAAAUGCUUGGAACGAAACCAGGAAAAUUUUGGAUUAUAACAUGGUGUUUAGUUGCACCAUUAUUUCUCGGAUAUCCUAACUGGAGUCAUGUAAUUGGUUGGAUAUUUGCAUUAUCAUCAGUAAUAUUCAUUCCAGCUGUUGCUAUUUAUCAAUUAUUAAUUGAACGAGGAAAUUUAUCAACAAGAUUUCGUUUAGCAAUAAUGCCAUGGAAAGAACGACAAAAACAUAUAAAUCCUGAUAUUAUAAUUAGUACAAAUUUUGUGGAAACACAAUAUAUAAUUUAA